AAUACACUUCUGGAUGACGAAAGGCUCGUAGCUGCAGGCUGUUCCUCCGAGGGUUUCGCAUAACCAGCCAAUAGCGUGGGAGGCGGAUUCAAUGGCAAUCAGACCCCUCCAUUAUAGGGAGGGGCUUUUCUACAAGAGGGGACGAAGUUGCAAAAAGGAGUAAAAGGCUCCUUCCACACCAAAGGGCGGUUCUCGGCGCUCAGGUGCAGUGGCUGAAAUCUUUGCAUCAGUCCUCGGAUGCUUCUUAGUUCCAGUUUAUUGUUUCUUCUCCGUGGCUUUCCUCGUUUACUUCGUUCUACUGCAAUGAGCACCAUUACUGGUACAUUUCAACUGCAGCAACCUCUCAACUACCGAGAAGGUGCCCGUCACCAACCUGUGGAUGGGGAUCACAGUGAGGAGAUCUAUGAACCAGCAACUGGCAGAGUUAUUGGGAAUUUACCCUUCUCUGGUGAGAAGGAGAUAGAUCUGGCUGUAAAGAGUGCACAUGCGGCCUUCAAAAUAUGGAGUCAGAAAUCAGGCAUGGAACGGAGCAACAUUCUGCUGGAGGCAGCCCGAAUUAUCCAGGAAAGAAGAGAAGAAAUUGCCACCAUAGAAACAAUCAACAAUGGGAAAUCCAUCUUUGAAGCUCUCAUAGACGUUGAUGUAUCUUGGCAAUGCCUCCAGUAUUAUGCUGGUCUAGCUGGUUCCUUAGCAGGUCAACAUGUCCAGCUCCCUGAGGGAUCCUUUGCUUAUACCAGAAGAGAACCUCUUGGAGUCUGUGUUGGGAUAGGGGCUUGGAACUACCCUUUUCAGAUUGCCUGCUGGAAAUCAGCCCCUGCUUUGGCCUGUGGUAAUGCCAUGGUCUUCAAGCCUUCUCCCUUCACCCCCAUCUCUAUUGUGCUGCUGGCAGAGAUCUACAAUAAGGCUGGUGUCCCUAAGGGACUUUUCAAUGUGGUGCAGGGUGGAGCUGCCACAGGCCAAUUCCUAUGCCAGCACCCAGAUGUAGCCAAGGUCUCAUUCACUGGGAGUGUGCCCACAGGAGUUAAGAUUAUGGAAAUGGCAGCCAAAGGAAUCAAGCCUGUUACUUUAGAAUUAGGAGGAAAGUCUCCCCUCAUUAUCUUCUCUGACUGUAUAUUGGAUAAUGCUGUGAAAGGAGCUCUCAUGGCUAAUUUCCUUACCCAGGGUGAGGUUUGCUGCAAUGGUACUCGGGUGUUUGUACAACAAGCAGUUCUGGAAGCCUUCACCAAAGAAGUUGUGAAACAGACUCAGAACAUCAAAAUUGGUGACCCCCUGCUGCAAGAUACAAGGAUGGGAGCACUUAUCAACAAGGCACACCUGGAGAAGGUCCUGAGUUUUGUUAAACAGGCAAAGGAGCAGGGUGCAGAAGUCCUGUGUGGAGGGGAUGCAUUUGUGCCAGAUGAUCCCAGUCUGAAAAAUGGCUUUUACAUGUCUCCUUGUGUCUUAGGAAACUGUAAGGACACCAUGACAUGUGUAAAAGAGGAGAUUUUUGGACCAGUCAUGUCUAUUCUACCCUUUGACACAGAAGAAGAGGUCUUAGAGAGAGCCAACAAUACCCGUUUUGGCCUGGCAGGAGGUGUCUUCACCAGAGAUAUCCAGCGUGCCCACAGAGUAGCAGCUCGGCUCCAGGCUGGUAUGUGUUUCAUCAACAACUAUAAUGUCAGUCCUGUGGAGCUUCCCUUUGGAGGAUACAAGAUGUCAGGGUUUGGACGAGAGAAUGGCAAAGCAGCAAUUGAAUAUUAUUCCCAGCUGAAGACAAUCUUUGUGGAAAUGGGAAAUGUAGAAUCAGUGUUCUAAUGGCUCUAGUCUAGUUGUUCCUGGUUAGCAUACUAUGGAGAUGCUACAUACAACAUAAGCUGGAAAUUUUCUUUGCAGUAUUUGAUUACAUUGUUUUUUCCCUACAACUACUUUGAAUUUUAUUGUUUCUUUUUCCUUUCUUCUCUUGAAAGUACAUAAUGGAGAAAAGAGAACAAUCACUGGCUAUAAGAUUUUUUUGCAACCAGUCCCAAAUAAAUUGCUUGACACCCCUUGCCAAGUUUUCUGACCUAAGCAUAGUAGCACAGAGUCUCAGCAUCAUAUGAUAAGUGUCUGACUCUAGACCUUGUGAUAACUUAUAUUUCCCAAUCUACUGAUCUUGGUUGUCACUAUCCAGAAACAAUAACUAAACAUCUGCACAAAGGAGGUUGAUUGUACUGUCUUUUCUAGGCAGGCUGUUCUGGUACUGAGCACUGAAUGCAUAACAUUACAUGAGAUAUAUUCUAG